GAAAAAUUAAGUGCACUGAAUAACUUUUGUUAACGAUAUUCAUUAAAAAAACUAUUUUAUUAUAUAUUCAUCGUUGAACAGUUGUGGUACACGCGUUGUUCAAAAGAAAAACUUGGAGGGAAAAAAAGAGAGGCUUUCAUCCUUCAAUGCAUCUAAAUCACCCCAGUAUUGAUAGGAAUAUAAAUCAUCCUAUAUGGCUUGAUAAUCAGAAAUGCACAAAUUACACUUCCACUUCUAGGAUGAAGUAAUUACAGUCGAUAUCCAAAUAGGAAGCUUACGCCAGCUGCAACUUCAGUCCGACUUCGUACAUGUGGAAACAACUGUUAUCCAGGAACUAAUGAUUACAUUGACCAUCAUAGAACACCAAGUGCACCGAAUUUAAGAUAUGACAUACCAGUAGAUUAUCAAACUGUUUCACAGGAUUAUAGAUCAUCAUUUGCACGUAGACCGCGUCAACUGUUACGUAGAAAAGAUGCCAUUCAAGCUGCACCGUCAAAUAUGCUACCUGAAGAUAAGUCAUUAUAUCGGUCCACAUAUACUGGGAGAAUGUGUGCACCUGCAAUUAGAGUUCAGCCACGUGAUGAAGGUAUAAAUGGCCUUGAGACAACUCAACAAAGAGCUAGAAGCUUAUUGAAAUCAAAAGAUUUAAUUGAAAUUGACAGUGAUAUUUACAAACAAAUUUAUCCUUGCACAAAUGAUUCCACAUAUAGGACAGAUUUCAAUGAACACAUUUUUCAAGAUGUUCAAUACGAUACACUUCCAAAUAUUGAUUCUAGAAAUCAAGAUGAUUCAACUGAUUAUCGUGAAAAUUAUCAUUCAUGGAUUAAGCCUUCUAUGAAUAAUGAAAUUAUACAACGAGUUGGUUAUAAUUGGAAACCAAAACCUGCUGUUUAUCUCCCAGAAGAUCCUAGUAAACAUGAACCAAUCGAAUCUAAUUCUGUAUAUCGUUUAAAUUUUAUUAAUUAUUCUGAAGAUUCAUUGAAAAAUUGUAGAAAUCGUAGUCAAAAGGCUUGUUAUUCAGCUAUUAAAGAAGAUAAUCUAUUGAGUAGUUAUGAUGGAAAACAGGAAAGUAUUCCAAAUACUUUAUAUCGAGAUUCUUAUAUUGGUCAGCAUGGUGUAGAUAAUUGGAGUGAUCGACAUACCCUACAAAAUACAUCAUCAAUUACAUUACGAACUGGACCAUAUCAACAAAAUGAUGAAACCUAUUGGUUUGGCGUAGAUAUGACAUCAUUUAGAGAUAAUAAAGAAUCAAUGUUUAUGGAAUCAUCAUAUUUAAAUAAUUCUUAUGAAAAAUUAAAAGUUUAAAUUAAGAAGGAGAG